UGUUGGGUUCUGUGCCCUCGAAUAAAUUCAAAAGUCCUGGAUUAUUUUGAAUUUUGAUACCAGAGGUAAAUACAAACGCUAAUGCAAAUACAAAUGCAAAUGCAAAUACAAAUAUAAAUACAAAUACAAAUACAAAUGCAAAUACAACUAAAAGACAAAGCGUGCGAGUUAAUGCAAAAUUAACGAAACAUAACGGGCCACACACGCACACACAUAUAUACAAACAAAAACAAACAGCAAAAGCAAAGUGAAAUCUCACACAGCAACAGCGCAGCGACAGCGACGCAAGCAGCAACAUACCAGAGAGCAAACACACGCACGCACACAUACACACGCUCCCCUAUACAAACGCGUGUUGUAAUUGCAAAAAAAGAAAAUAUAUGAGGACGAAAAGAAGUAGGCUACUUCCUAUCAAAAGCCAACAAUUAUAAAAAUCAGUGUGUUAAAAUUUUACUACGAGAGAACAUUCAACAUAAAAAACAUUCAAAAAAGUGAGAAUUUAACACAAGAAAAAAAAAAUAAAAUCCAUUACAAAAAUAAACAUAUGAACGCUUUGCGGUUUACCUUGUGUGCAGUGGGAAGAAGCACCAACAAUUGCAACAGCAACUAAGCAAAAAGAAGAAGAGCAGAAGCAGCAGCAGUAGUAGUUCAAAAAGAGAGACUUAAAGAGUCCGAAAGCGAAGCUUUGAAUGCGAUUCAGACGCACACACUUGCAGUCGCGCACGCACACACACGAGCAGACACAUUCACAGGCAUCGACACAGACACAGACACAGACACAUCGCACAAUGACCUUGCCAACCAAUACAAAUGCAGCGAAUGGCAACGGCGGCAAUGGCAGCGGCAGCGGCAGCGAUGAUGAUUCGGACAUGUUUGGACCGCCGCGUUGUUCACCCCCCAUUGGCUAUCAUCAUCAUCGGUCGCGCGUGCCAAUGAUCUCGCCAAAGCUACGUCAGCGCGAGGAGCGCAAACGCAUCCUGCAGCUGUGCGCCCACAAGCUUGAGCGCAUUAAGGACUCUGAGGCGAAUUUGCGCCGCAGCGUGUGCAUCAAUAACACCUAUUGCCGACUUACCGAUGAGCUGAGACGUGAGAAGCAAAUGCGUUACCUGCAGAAUUUGCCAAAAACCGAUAACAACAGCAUGGAAUUGGCGCGUGAGAAUAUAUUCCAGCCUAACAUGGACGAUGCCAAGCCAAUUAACCACAACAACAACAGCGGCAGCACAAACAACAACAACAAGCCUUAUGGAGAUGUCAACGGCGCACGCACCAUUUGCUCCAUUGAGAAUCAUCAGUCGCCGCAGCUGCUGCGUCACGGUGCCACGCCCCUAGCAGCUAACAGCAGCUCAAUAUCCUCUUCCAGCUCCAGCACCUCCCCCUCAUCCUCGUCGUCGUCCUCCAUUGUGGCCGCCGCUGCUGUGGCGGCACGCAAGCGCCAUCUAUCGAAUAGCAAUCUGGUCAACGAUCUGGAGAUACUCGACCGAGAGCUGAGCGCCAUCAAUGCGCCGAUGCCAUUGAUCGAUCCGGAGAUAACGCAGGGCGCCGAACAGCUGGAGCGUGCAGCACUGUCCGCCUCGCGGAAGCGUUUGCGCAGCAACAGCGAGGAUGAGAGCGAUCGGCUGGUGCGUGAGGCGCUCUCACAGUUCUAUAUACCGCCGCAGCGACUCAUCUCGGCCAUUGAGGAUUGCCCCUUGGAUGUUGUGGGGCUCGGCGCCGGCGCCGGGGCCGGCAUCGGCAGCAACAACGACCAAAGCAUCGGCGGCAACCAUCACAAACGUGUCAAACUGACCAACGGCAGCUGCAGCGGCGGCGGCGCAGCUGAUCACCUGGAGCUGGUUAACUUCGAUAUGAACCAGAAUCAAAAGGACUUCGAGGUCAUAAUGGAUGCACUGCGUCUCGGCACGCCGACACAGCCGAGCAGCGGCAGCGACUCGUGCGGCCAGGCGGCCAUGAUGAGCGAGUCGGCGAGCGUGUUUCAUAAUCUGGUUGUCACCUCGCUGGAGACAUGAAAGUAUCAGUAAGGGAUGCUGGCAGGUGGACAGGCAGACAACCCUAAAACAACCGACAACCAACAAACAAAAGCAACUGCAAAAAUAACAGCAGCAGCAGCAACAGCAGCAGCAGCAGCAGCAAAAAACAAACAUUUACAAUUACACAAGACAAAGAGCAAAGAGUUUUUAGGCUUAGAAUUUAGCGCUAAUUAUAAAUUAAGACUUAGACUUAGGCACUAAGCUAACGACUAAGCCCAAUUUACAGUUAGGCAGGGUUAGAGUCUAGGGAUGGGUAAUAAUUGAUAUCUGAAUAUUUUUUGCUCGAUUUUCCUUUUGUGGUUUCGUUAGGGCAGCUGCAAGUAGGUGCUUGUUGCAUGCCUCAGUCUCGCCUUGGCACAUACACAAAAUAGAGAGAAAGAGAAAAGACAAGAAGAAAGCAAAUAAUUGUCUCGCAAUUUGUACAAAACUUUUGUUUCAAUAACAUUUUGUGUCUUCUCGAAUAACGGAAACACAAAAAUUUCUAACAAAAAUCAAAGAA